AUGAAGCAAAUAGGGUGGUGCCUUAGAAUUGAUUGGGUAAUCUUGCUGUUUUCGCCGCUCUGCUGGACCUGGCAUCUUGCGGAUACACGGCCAAAUACCACACUGGGGUGUCGAACAAGACAAUAUAGGUCCUUGUCGAAGGAGACGGCCCCUCACUGGUUGUCUGGCCGUCUUUUGACCGGACCAGUAUCGAUAAUUUUCACGGGUUUUCGAUCGCCCUUGACCACGCCGCCGGCCAGUGCACCGCAAAGAACAUAG